UGUCCUGUUUUCCACGCACUAAAAUCCGCCAAAAUUCUCACCUGUGCAUCCUACAAAAAAAAAUUACAUCAUAUGUCAGUCAAAAUUAUCCCAAACUACUGGCAUCCCGUCAAAAAUCCUCUCGCUACCUGCACUUCAAUCUGAAACCCGCCUCUCACCCAAUCCAUCUCGUUGAAAGAUCCCUAGCCACACCCAGACUCCUAAAAUACCAUUUGACUGAGACACGGAUGCGUGCCCGAUACCCUGGAACGAGUGGAAACGAGACGGGAUUUGGAACAGAGUUACUUAAGUACAAUAAGUGGGAGAAGGAGGGAUUAGGGGGUGGGGUCUAAGAAAAAUUAAAAAAAAAACUCUUCGUUCCAGAAGGAACUCUGUCAUGGCCAACGCUGACAGCAUGUGUGAAAACCCUCAGUCAGUCAUCAAACUUCAUUAAAAGUGGAAAUCGCGAGCAGCGGGUGUUUGAGUCGUAGGAUAAGUUGACUUUACGUACACGGGGUGGAAGUGCUGGUGUGGAAAAGUGCGUGUCAACUUGGUCAUUUGUUUUUCGCGCCGUGCAUCGCCGUUCAAUUUUUAUGCUUAAUAAUUAAUAGUUCUGGUGAUUUGUAUUGUGGACACUAUUUUAAUGAUUACUAGAAUCGAUCCAAGAUCGUUUUAAAGCAACAUGCAUCCGCACCAAACGCAAUAUAGUGUCCACAACAAAGACAAUAGUGUUUCUAGUGUUAGUCCAUCUAUGGACACUAGCUCAGUCUCGUAUCAUUCCCAAUUUAGUUAUGGAGGAAAUGAGAAUUGGACGUAUGGCAGUUCAAAUGUGACACCUAUGAAACAGAUUGAAGCGUGCUUACAAAGCGCAGGGAAAGACAGAAAAGCAUACUCUCCACUAGAUCAAGCGGAUGCUCUCUCAUUAGAGCAAGAAAAUGAACGUCCAGAAAAUAAUAAUAGGAAUAAUACACAUAAUAAAAACCAUAGUAUAUCAUCGUCACUUACUCCAGCCCUAUCAAACGCAAGUGCCAUUCUAGAAAUGAAACAUCUCUGGGAUGAGUUUUAUCAACUAGGAACAGAAAUGAUCGUUACGAAGGCGGGAAGACGGAUGUUUCCCACUUUUCAAGUAAAACUUUGUGGACUGGACCUUCAUUCAGAAUAUAUGUUAAUGAUGGAUUUUGUACCUGUGGACGAUAAGAGGUACCGGUAUGCCUUCCAUAGUUCAAGCUGGGUAGUAGCAGGUAAAGCGGAUCCAGUGUCACCCCCUAGGAUCCAUGUGCACCCAGAUAGUCCAGCAACUGGUGCACAGUGGAUGAAACAGACUGUCUCUUUUGAUAAGUUAAAGCUGACUAAUAACCAGUUGGAUGAUAAUGGGCAUAUAAUCCUAAACUCAAUGCACCGAUAUCAACCUAGAUUUCAUAUAGUAUACUUACCACCUAAAACUUCACAGUCUAGCAAUGAUGAGACGUGCAACGAUAACUUCAAGACUUUCGUAUUUGCAGAAACUUCUUUUACGGCAGUUACUGCUUACCAGAACCAUAGGAUAACGCAGCUAAAAAUAGCCAGCAAUCCCUUUGCCAAAGGAUUCAGGGAUUGUGACCCUGAUGACGGUUCUCCAGAAGUACCAAGUCCUACAAGCCAACAAAAGCAACAACGGUCAACUCCACGAUCCACGCCAAAUAGUUGUGCAAAAGAAGAAGAAUCACUAGACCAUCCUCCUACCACCCAAACGUUACAAGCCGAUUCCCAUCCUUCGAUGAUCUUCCAAAAUCGAUACCAAGCGACCAAUCAGACACCGAGUCCGUCUCUGCUCCAAACCAAUAUCCUUGGCGCAGGACUGAGCCCGAUCACGCAGCCGUAUUCAGCGGAAAUUUGCAACUACGGACCUGUGUAUCAUCCCCACAAUAUUUUACAUAAUUAUAAUACGGUGUAUAGUAACGAUAAAGGGAUGAGAUCAGGGGGGAGUUUUGGUAGAGGGGUUUAUGGGGGAUAUCAGGGAUUUUAUAAUAAUGGAAAUUUUAGGGCGCAUCAGAACGGGUACGAGUUUAGUCCGAGAUAAACGGUUAGUUUCCAAGAUGAUUUUGUGCAUUGUUUAUGGGCAUGGGACAUAAAAUAUUUUGGAUAUAAUUAAAAGUGCCUUAACAAGUGCCUUAUGUACUAAGUUAAUAUAUUUUAUUUAAGCCAAGAAAAAGUAUUAUGUACAGAUAUAUGAUAAAGUUGUACAUAUUUUUAGAACGAUAUUAUUUUUCGUUUGGUUAAACACUUUUUAUGUAUAUACUGUGUUACUACUAUAAGGAGCAAGCCAAAAAGAAGCCAAAUUAAAGAUAUUUUCUGUAGUAGAUAUAUUUACGUUUAGGUUCAGAUAUUAUAUUAUAAAAAAAUAUAUUUAUUCAAUAAAAUUCAUCAUUAGAAAA